AUGGGCGGUCAGCGCGUACACGAACCGCGGCCAGCGGAGACGGCAACCCAGCUCCACGGCGGACUCUUCCUUCUCCUGGUUUUUGGAGCACUUGCUUCCUCGGCGGCCCAGUUGUUCGCGGUGGACAGCAGCGGCCUGGGCAUCUCCCUGAUGCAAUCGGUGGCCAUGGCCCUGAAUGCCUCCAGCCUGGCCCUGGCCAACAACACCGCCUGGCCACUGCAGCACGAGCCACCGGCGGAUCAGUGGGAGAUCGAGAGCUAUGACUACAUAGUGGUGGGCGCUGGCAGUGCUGGCUCCAUAGUGGCCAGUCGCCUGAGCGAGCUGUGCCGCGUGAAGGUCCUGCUGCUGGAGGAGGGCCAGCUGCCGCCGCUGGAGUCCGAGAUCUUUGGCCUCAGUGCUGCACUGCAUCAGGACGAGCGGUACAUGUUCCUGGAGGAGGCUGUUCCCAAUCCAAAGUGCUGCCAGGCCAUGGCCUCGAAUCAUGGCUGCGUCUGGUGGCACGGACGCAUGAUGGGCGGCGGCGGAGCCAUCAAUGGCAAUAUCUACAUACCCGGCAGCAGGCAGAGCUUCAUGCAAUGGAAUGCUUCUGGCUGGGAUUGGCCACAGGUCCAGAGAUCCUAUAGCCGCCUGCAGCGACGCCUCAAUCUCUCCUACCUCCAGCCGAGUAGCAUCAACUUGAAGUUGGCCAACCUCAUAUACGCCGGCUCAUCCGAGCUGGGUGUUCCCCGGAUGAAGCAGCCCCUGCUGGCGGGCGCCACCUUUGGCUACACCCACCACGUGCCCGUGACCGUGAACCAGGGACGCAGAGCCAGCAGUGCUCGCCUGUAUCUGGCCAAUGAUCAGGCGAACAGAAGACCGAAUCUUAGGGUAAUACGCGGCGCCCAAGUUCAGAAGGUGCUGCUUAACCCGGAGGGAAACCAGGCCACUGGCGUCAUAUACACCUUGAACGAUGUGGAGCACACGGCGAGGACCUCGGGGGAAGUGAUCCUGAGUGCUGGUACCCUGAACUCCGCCAAGCUGCUCUUGCUCUCGGGCAUCGGUCCCCGGAAGGAGCUGCAAACUUGGGACAUACCCACCCAUCAGGACUUGCCAGUGGGUCGCAAUCUGCAGGAUCACGGCAUGCUGCCCCUGUUCCUGCUCUUUGGUGCCAAUUGUGCCGUCAAUAGCACUCGAGAUCCCGCGGAUAAUCCCUAUGCGCCCGUCUCUGUGUCCAAGUAUCUGCUGGACAAUCAAAGUGGGCCCUUGGCCAAUGGCUUCUACAUGAUGGGCUACAUCAACUCCAGUUCACCGAGUUCCAGCCAGGGUCAGCCCGAUCUCCAUGUGGUGGCCCACACUCUGCUGCCGAAGGGCAGUACCGGGAGCUUUGGUUACUUGGGCUUCCGGCCAGAGUUGGUUCAGGCUCAGCGGGAAAUCUUGCAAAGAUGGGAUCUGCUGCAAAUUAUGGGAUCCCUAAUGAGACCCUUAUCACGGGGAAGAGUGAGUUUGAGGAGCAAGAACGCCUCCGACCAGGCUAAGAUCGAAAACCACUACGGCGAGGCUCUGGAGGAUCAGCAGACCCUACUCCGCUAUGUGAGAUACAUUCAAAGGCUGAGCCAAACCCGAGCCUUCCGUCGAUGUGGCCUGCGUCUCUGGCUGCCGCCCCUCGAGGAAUGCGACGUCCUAUCCCCCGAUUCCGACGACUAUUGGCUGUGCUACAUUCGCUACUUCUAUGUGGGAGCCUGGCACUCCGUGGGCACCUGUCGCAUGGCUCCCAGGAAGACAGCGAAUGCCCUGGAGGAGGGCGGCGUGGUGGACGAACGGUUGAGGGUUCACGGGGUCAAGGGCCUGCGCGUGGUGGAUGCCAGCAUAAUGCCGGAGUUGCCAGCGGGCAAUACCAACGGACCCGCCAUGAUGAUCGGGGAGAAGGGGGCGCAACUCAUCCUUGAGGAUCGGGCGAUGGACAAUGAAGUGGUCCAGGAAUGCUGAGCCCUUAAGAACUCUGUGUAUGAUUUAUAAGAACCCUGGCCCCGCAAAGUGAUAUCUUUUAAUAAACCCAAAAAAACCCUGUUUUUUUUUACUAUAAUAUUUAACUAUAUUCAAUCUUCAAAUGUAAAAUUCUGGAAAAAUUAUGUAAUAGGUAGAAAGGAGAGCUUCCCACCCCAUAAGGUAUAUAUACAUGAACAGUGAUAUCUCGGAAAAUAUAUACAUAAUCUAAAAAGGUGACAUUAAUCAUGCAGAUUCUAGAGAUUCCUGCGCCGCAUAAGCGUAAUUCCCACUCUAACUCCUCCAAAAUCUUUCAAAACUUUGGAAGAUUACAAUUUAAAAUUUAAAUUAUAUUUUAUUCCUCUUGUCAAUUUUCAGACUAUAAGUUAAUAAAUAAUGGCAUUAUGCAGAAGAUUAAAGUAUAAAGUGUGGAAGU